UUGUUUGUGUGGAGAUUUUCAAGAACAAACAAAAAAAAGAGUCGAAGAUGGCAACAAAAUCCACAGGAGAUAUCGAGAAAACCAAGUCAACAGAAACGAAGAAGAAGUUAAAUGUGCUGAUCGUCGAUGAUGAUGCAUUAAACCGUAUACUCCACGAUAAGAUCAUCAAAACGAUCGGAGGAGUUUCUCAGACGGCCAAAAAUGGUGAGGAGGCAGUGAUCCUCCACCUCGACGGCAAGGCAUCCUUCGAUCUUAUCCUAAUGGAUAAGGAAAUGCCCGAGAGGGAUGGAGUCUCGGCAACUAAGAAGCUUAGAGAAAUGAAAGUGACGUCAAUGAUCGUUGGGGUGACGUCAUUAGCUGACAACGAAGAGGAGCGUAAGGCUUUUAUGGAAGCCGGACUUAACCAUUGCUUGGCAAAACCCUUAACCAAGGACAAGCUUCUCCCUCUCAUUAACCACCUCUUCGAUGCUUAAUGGUUGACGUCGUCUCAUUAUGUAUCUAGCUAUAUCUAUGUUUUCUAUCGUUAAAAAAUGCAAUAAUGUCUACACAUACACGUGUAUAUGACAUAUAUAUAUUAUAUAUCUGGAUGUGUGUUUCUUUUGAAAUUUAGGGUUCUUUUCAUAUCUAUGUUGUUUUUCUUUUAUCGUCCUAGAUGAAUCAUGUAAGUCGUUUCUUUUCGCUUAUAUAAUAUACUUCAUAUAUUAUA